GCAGUCUGGGAUGGUGUUGUCAUGUCAGCGAGGAGCCAGCGGCGCUGAUGUUGUCGCCGCUCGCCGCUGCGGGCGAGAGAGGAGGGAGGAAGGAAGGAAGGAAGGAGCGAGCUAGUUUGAUGUCAGCCUGAGGAGACGGAGCGCGACUGCUCUCUGGGGUCGGGGAAAAGGAUCGGAUCGGCUGCUUGACAGGGGGCCCAGGGCAGGAGCGCAGCGCGGCGCGGCAGCCGGGACCCGCCGCCGACAUGAACCGGUUCCGCAAGUGGCUCUACAAGCCCAAGAGAUCAGACCCGCAACUGCUUGCACAGUUCUACUAUGCAGACGAAGAGCUAAAUCAGGUUGCGGCUGAACUGGAUAGCUUGGAUGGACGCAAGGACCCACAAAGGUGUACGCUGCUCGUCAACCAGUUCCGCUCCUGCCAGGAUAAUGUGUUAAAUAUAAUAAACCAGAUCAUGCAGGAAUGCAUCCCAAACGAACGAGCAAAUCGGGAUUUCUGUGUAAAGUUUCCAGAGGAAAUACGGCAUGAUAAUCUCGGAGGACAGCUUUGGUUUGGAGCUGAGUGUUUAGCAGCUGGUUCAAUUAUCAUGAACCGUGAAAUAGAGAGCAUGGCAAUGCGACCCUUGGCCAAAGAUUUAACCCGCAGCCUAGAAGAAGUACGAAAUGUUAUCCGUGACCAGUGCCUGAGAGACUUGAAUGCCUAUACUAACAAAAUGAAGGAAUCCCUCAAACAAUUUGAUGGCUUGUUUGCAGAAUUUGAACUAUGUUAUGUCUCUGCCAUGGUACCUGUGAAAUCUCCUAAAGAGUAUUAUGUACAGCAAGAAGUCAUUGUUCUCUUCUGUGAAACAGUUGAAAGGGCCUUAAAGCUUGGAUACCUCACACAAGAUUUGAUUGAUGACUAUGAGCCAGCAUUAAUGUUUACAAUUCCUCGACUGGCCAUUAUCUGUGGUUUAUUGGUUUUUCCUGAGGGGCCUUUGAAUUUGGAACGCAAGCCAGAGGAUAUGUCCGAUUUAUUUCGACCAUUUCGCACUUUGCUGCAAAAAAUAAGGGAUCUCUUGCAGACCUUAACGGAGGAUGAACUCCACACGCUUGAACGAAACCUCUGCAUAUCCCAGGAAGGCGAAUUUACAGUCAAUCCAAAAAUCCGCUCUGCCAUCCCUCCUGAAGUUCCCGAAAAACUUGCACAAGAUCAACUUAGUGUAAAAGCUGAAAAUACGGAAGCUGAACUUGCUUGUUCCAUGCAGUAUGACGAGGAGGAGCUGGAGCAACUUAACCUCAUGGUCCACAGGGUAGGAGACGAAAUGUCCUGUCUCCUCUCCCCACCAAGCGUGUGCCAGUCACCAGCUCACAAGCCCGUGUUGAAACACAUCUCCAAACCAGGGGACUCCGCCAACUCCACGCUGCUCCAACUCUCUAGGGUACGGCAUGAAGCAGAGGAAGAGGAACGAGUGUUUUUCAUGGAUGAUUUGGACGGAGCAGCCGAGGACUUGGCCAGAACUGCUGAACCUGGAGAAACGAUCGCUGGGACGGUUGAUUCUUGCCCACCUCGUCAGGAGGGCAAGUCGCCCCUCUGCGGAGAAGAGGCGAGGAAGAGUCGCAGUGAGGAAACCGUGCAAGCAAAAGAGGUACAGCACAGACCAAGCAAUAACGAUUCACUACCUCUGCAAGGGCAAGCCUGCCAGAAGGAAAGUAACCCAGAAAUGUGUUGUAACUGUGCAGAAUCAAUGGAACCCAGUUCUUACGUCAACGGUUGGAAUGCAGGGACUGAUGAUGUGCAGCCCAGCGAAACUGCAGAAAAAAUAGCUCAUAGGACUGGCGGAAUGAAAAUUUCCGCAACUGUUAUCUUUAACCCCAAAUCCCAGUGCGCGUCUUGUUCAGCUGAAGCAGAGUGUGCAAUAACUUGCGAUUCUGGCAGCUGCCAAAUUUCUUCAGAGGAGUCUUCAAAUCAAAGCAACACCAAUGUGAAAAAUGGAGUAAGUGUUUGUCCACACUGCACUGCCCCUCCGGACAGUAGAGUUGACAAUGACUUUUUAGAUUCCGGAGACUCCAAGAUAUGUGACCAUCAUAAAAUGAACUGUACCUCAGCUUCACAGGAGAAGGUGGAAAAUGAGAGCACUAGCGUAUCACAGAGAGAAGGAGCCAUCGACGAACAGGAGCGUACAAAUUCAAGAUGCACGUGUCUGACACAAUCCUCAGGAAAACAAACAGAAGGAGAGCAGCAAACAGAACUGAACAUCUGUCGCCAUCUGGGAAAGAUAGAAAACAGCAUGCAGCCAAAUGGAGGCAAGGACAAUGCUAAAGUAUCUGUGGUAAAUGAUGAAUCGGAGCUUGAUGGAAGCAUACAUAGUGUAACUAACCUGUUGGAAGACAACAUAUCCGAGCAAAGUUUUCAAGAUCUCAUCCAAGAUUCCCCCAUCAGCUCCAUAUCCAGCAGUGACUGUGGGAGUGUGUCUGUCACAACCUGUAGUCUUUCCAGCACGUAUACACCAAGUCCAGUGGGCAGUCUAACGACAAGUUCCUACACCUCUGAAGAUGUCGAUCAGGAAGAGAUUCAGCUUGCGCUACUGGCUGCCAAGAUUGCCACCAGAGAGAAGAUCCGGGCCCGUUUCCACAGCAGCAGUGAUCUUAUUCACAGGCUCUUUGUGUGCAUUGCAGGCGUUGCUGAUCAGCUGCAAACGAACUAUGCAAGUGACCUGCGAAGUAUCCUUAAAACCUUGUUCGAGGUCAUGGCGACCAAGUUAGAAUAUGAAAGCAGUGGGACUGAAAAGAAAGGUGACCAGACAUUGAGAAGUCCUGUUCUUGAAGACUGCGCAUUGUGUCGAGAAAGCAUUUCUUCUUCUGAACUUGCUGACAAGGCAAGAGAUGAGGAACUUGAAGAUCCUCCAGAAUGGGUUCCGGAUGAAGUCUGCAGCUUCUGUACGGCGUGCAAGGCUCCGUUCACUGUGAUCCGCAGGAAGCAUCAUUGCAGAAAUUGUGGAAAGAUCUUCUGCUCACGUUGCUCUUCUCAUUCUGCUCCCUUACCUCGAUAUGGCCAGAUGAAACCAGUCAGAGUCUGCACCCAUUGCUACAUGUUCCACGUGACUCCCUUCUACAGCGACAGAGCUGACAUUUGAUAACUAUCGAGUGAGCUGCCUGGUUCUGGCACACGUAGACUAUUCCUUCAUGGUCGCAACGGUUGUGGGAUGUCACUAAUUAGACCGGUUGGCAUUUUAUUUUUGUUUGGAAUGGAAAUUCGAUGAGCCUUUUUUUUGACAGUGAUGCAAGUUAGAAUCUCUCUAAGGGAAAUAUUAUCUCCCGAUCAAAAUGUUUGUACUGACUUUUGAUAAUGCGCUGCUACAGGGAAGUACUGAGCCUCCAUGGCUGUUCGGCUACGGUACAGUCUUCCAUCAAUUUAUAUCAGGACAUGAUUAUGUCGUAACCUUAAGGAGACUGGUGCGGAGAGCUCUUUGGACGACCUGGGAUAUGAAAUUUCCUGCGUUCCUACUUGUGUGUUAAAGAUUGUUCAUAUUGUUGUAAUUAUCACCUAAUCAUGAUUUCUGUCUCUGGGAAUUUUAACUGUGCUGAUUAAGCAAGUUAAUGGUCUUACUUGUUCAGCAGCAAUGCUGUUCCUACUUGGGUAGCUUUUAGCAGAAACCUAUGUUGGACAAGAUGUGAUUCAUUUUCUCAAACAUUCCUGUUGGGUUUGGCAGUAGAUUUUAUAUAUCCUUUUUUUCCUUUUGCUGAGCAGGUGAUGUGUGACAACUUGAAGGUGGUGAACAGAUGCCCACAGUGUUAAUGUGAGGAUGUUGACCAGAUAUCACUCAGUGGUUGAUCUUCAACAGAUACCACUCUGGUUGGUAAUCUUCACCAGAUAUCAGUCGGUGGAUGGUGAUGUUAACCAAAUAUCGCUCUGGUUGGUGAUGUGGAUAUCACUUGGGGGUGGUGGGUGAUGUUGACUAGAUAUCACUCUGGUUGGUGAUCUUCACCAGAUGUCACACUGUGGAUGUUCUUCACCACAUAUCACUCUGCUUGGUGGCGUUGACCAUAUAAUCACACAAUGGUGGUAUUGCUCAAGCAAGCCCAGUUGGACAUAUUUCCUGUCUCCAGGACCAGAAUAAUUUAAGUACGGUUAAAAAUCAGAUGUAUGUCCAUGAAUAGGAAGCCAGCCUCUGUGUGUCCAGAAUUAACGGUUUACCUGGCAGAACUAAAAAGUGUAUGUGCACACAAUUCCAGAGUUUACAUUGCAAGAAACAGACGUCUGGAGGAACUCAGCAAGUUCGGCAGUAUCUGUGCAAAUGGACAAACAAGGUUUUGAGUUGGGACCCUUCUUCAAACAAGAAGGGUUCAUUUCCGUCCAUAAAUGCUGUCUGACCCGCUGAGUUCCUUCAGUAGACUGUGUAUUGUUAAGAUUCCAGCAUCUGCAGUCUCCUGUGUCUCCAAGAUUUACAUACUGUUUUUGAUAAUUGGUACUCAAAAUAGCUGUGGUUUAACAGCCUAAUCUCAAUAGUUAAUCGGUAAAACCAUUAGUGAACGAGAUAUAGGCAGAGCAACUAACACUCCCCCCCCCCCCCCCCCCCCCAAUACAAACGCCUCCCACUCUAACUUUAAGAUAGGUACGGUUGAACAAAGAAUUAUGCCACCUUUUUUCCUGGUCAUUGAAUAUCAACCAAGGAUUAAUGUUGUCAAGUGUUGCCUGUGAGCAUUGAACAGUGCCUUUUUUUCCAGUAUGCCAUAAGGCCUCUUGUUCUGCUCUGAGUCUUAGUUGUCACUCCACAUAUUAAAAUUAACCACCCUCCAAAUUAAUUCUGUAAACAACUUCCAUUGUAAAGCAAAAAAAGAUGUAAUAUUUGGCAUCAGACUAGUGUUGACUUCGCAACCAAAGAAUUUGUAGGAUUUAGUUACAAUUUAGCAAAACAAUAAUCAAUUUAUUACUAUUUAAAACUGAAAUCUUUGCAUAAGUCUAACAAUUGUGCAGCUGAUCUGAUUUGCAAGAAACUAACAUAAGCAGUGCAUUUAAAUUAAUGCCUGUGUUGGGAAAGAGUCAGAAAAAGAUCUCAUGUCUAGAGUCUGACGAAAGGUCCCCACCCUACACGUCACCGAUCCGUGU